AUGCCACCUCCACUACGAGCUGUACCCUGGCGCACCUGCCAAAACGCCACCCGCCAUUAUCUUCGCAAUGGUUCCAGUUCACGAUAUAUCUCAACCACGAAUUGCCUUCGGUCUACCAAACAUGUCGGCAGUAACCCCCUCCGUUCGCGAGCUUCCGCCAAUCCCGGGAAGGAAGAACUACAUGUCUCGAAGUAUCGAAGAUCGGUGGCGCUGGCUGCGGCUGGUAUUUUAACCUGCGCAGCUGGUAUGUACGGUGUGAUCAAACUGGAUGUUUUUGGCCUAGAGGCACAUGAAUCUACCAAAAAGAACGCACGUGCGACAGACACCCCGAAGCCGAACGAGGUUAAACUUACACAAACGCAAAACGGCGCGAUGAAGAUGGAUGGACCUGCUGGGUUCCCAAGUGACGGAGGGCCAUCUGUCAUUCCCCUCCAGGGUCAAGAUCUUGUCGAACAAGUCGCGACUAACAACAGCUCUGUGCCGUAUUUCCCCACCACAAUUCGCCUGCCCUCGAUCGCUGGAACGGACAAUAAAACGGCCGGGGAUGAAGUUUCAACUUCUGAUGGAGAUGAGUACCAAUUGUUAGGUUUGGGAAUCCGCUCGGUUUCCUUCCUUUCGAUCCAAGUGUACGUUGUUGGGUUGUAUGUCGCGAAGGGAGACAUCACCGAGCUACAACAGCGUCUGAUACGAACGGCAGUUCAUCCACCCGUUGCAUCCUCGGAUGAAGCUGCUGCUAUUUCUGGAGCUGGUGCGGAUUCAGCGACAUCUCUCGUCCCCCCAGAACGCCAGCAACUAAAGGAACUUCUCUUGGACGCGGAGCACGGAGAUGCCGCUUGGACAGCUAUCUUGAAGGACAGUGGCAUCCGGACUGCGUUCCGCAUUGUCCCGACACGCAACACUGACUUUAUGCAUCUACGCGACGGUUGGGUUCGCGGGAUUACUGCCCGUGCGCAGCAGAAAAAGCCUGCGCCCGGGACGACGGAGCCUGGCGAAUUCCAGGAUGUGGAAUUUGGAACUGCCAUGAAUGAUUUCAAGGCCGUAUUUGGUGGGGGUCAACGAAAGAGUGUCCCCAAGGGCCAAACAUUGUUUUUACUUCGUAAUGCUCAUGGUGCCCUCGAUGCGCUGUUCCAACCUGACCCUAAGAAACCAAUGCACUGGAUGGGUCGCGUCACUGAUGAACGAGUGAGCCGACUGGUUUGGCUUAAUUACUUGGCUGGAAAAACAGUGUCGAGCGAAGGUGCACGAAAGAGUAUUGUCGAUGGUCUCAUGACUGUUGUUGAACGACCAGUUGGUACCGUUGUGCAACGCGUGGUAUAA